CUGAGAGAUUAUUUCAAGAGCCAGAAAUGAGAAUAGUUGGAUUGGAAGCCGAGCAAACGUUCAUGGACCGGGCAGGCAAGUGGGUGUCGCAAGAGUUUGCCACUUAAAACCUUAGUACAAAUACUUCCGCGUCUGGGUCGACGAGAGCGACAAUACCGGCCACGACCUCCAUACCAAGGACAAAGAUAUGCCCGAUGCACUGGAACAUGGAACACGGAGGACAUGUCUUUUUCUGCUAUGCACUUAGACUUCUGCUUGUACUUUGCACAUCAACGCGAGGACGCGCAGCAAAACGCAGGUUGGCACACAGCCACAUGUGGCCACAUCAGUACAUAGCACUUCACACGCCUCUGAAAGCAGAACCGGAACCUAGAGAAUACAUCCCAUUUUACACGUGCAAGACGUACGCACAUGUCUGACAACCCACCAGGACAUUUCAACCGUCUUGCCCUCCUACGGCCUCCUCAAUAUACUCAAGAACGCAUGCUACUAACUCAAGGUCCGAUAAGCAGCGCAGCCGAUCGAGGCUACCUCGCUGAUAGAACCUAACCUCGUCCUUAGUAAAAUAGGAUUCGUUUACUAUCUCUAGGGCCGCUUCUCCUUCUCAGACGCCCUAUCCUUCUUCCUUAACCUGUCGGUCGAAGGCGCCGCCCUCUACACUGCCCACCUGCGCCGUUUGGUCAACAAAACCCUUACGGACAUAACGUAUUACCAGGGGCAGCCUGUCAUAUCCCAACACCGUGACGGAUUUUAA